AUGUCCGUCAGCGCAGAGGAAGUGGCAAAGCACAACACCGACAAGGACUGCUGGGUCAUCGUUGGCGAUCAGGUCUUGGACGUGACCAACUUCCUGGCAGACCACCCUGGUGGCAAGAAGAGCAUCAUGAUGUUCGCCGGCAAGGACGCCACGGAGGAGUUCGACAUGCUCCACGACCGCAAGGUCAUCAAGAAGUACGGGCUGGACGAGGGAAUGAUGAUGAUCACGAUGACGAUGAUGACGAUGAUGAUGAUGAUGCUCAUGAUCAUAAUCAUGAUCAUGAUGAUGAUGAUGAUGAUGAUGAUGAUGAUGAUGACGAUGAAGCAACUGCUCCGAAGCAUUUUCGCUCAAGUCCGUGCCGAAGUGGCGUUGGCUCAUACUCGUUACCCACUCGCUGUUGCUAGCACGAUGUCCGUCAGCGCAGAGGAAGUGGCAAAGCACAACACCGACAAGGACUGCUGGGUCAUCGUUGGCGAUCAGGUCUUGGACGUGACCAACUUCCUGGCAGACCACCCUGGUGGCAAGAAGAGCAUCAUGAUGUUCGCCGGCAAGGACGCCACGGAGGAGUUCGACAUGCUCCACGACCGCAAGGUCAUCAAGAAGUACGGGCUGGACGAGGGCACCGUGGUGUUGAAGGGCACCAUCAAGAAGUGA